AUGGGAGUGGGGCGUGAAGUCGACGUAGCUCCAAUUAGGAUGUGCUAUUUGAAUAAGGCCAUACACCCCUGGUCUAUGGGGCGCAAUAAUAAUAGUAGGAGCCACAGCACCACCAUCGAUAUCUCCUUGAUGCAUCGCACACACCCCACCAGUAACACUGCAGCUGGUGAUCUGAUGACUAAAGCUACCGGUCAAGAGAAGCCCUUAAUAUCUGAACUUGUUGUGCAUAGAAUGAGAGACGCCGAGACUGGUAUUCUUAAACACCUACUUACACCCGAAACCCGCUCUCACCGCGGAGGAGUCUACCCCGCAGGCCGCGACCCCUGCCCCCGCCAUGUCUACAGUCUCCAGAGCCCCGUCUCAAAUGGGCUCAAGCCACAGGACCUCCACCGCGAGACCAGGAACGGCCACUUCUCAACUACGGCCCCAUCUGAAAUAAGUCGCGCAGGCUACUUCUCCAACUCAGCAACACCCCGCGGCGAGGUACGCAGCAGGACGAAAGUAGUCACCAGCCAGGAAUCCGAGCACACCGUAUACGAUACCAAAUCGCCCAGAGGCCCUGGCCCCCACGGAUCCAGGCUCUCCAGCGACGCCGGAUCACGCCCUACCCAUAUCCAGGCUUAUACCGCCGCGGACAUCGCGGCAGGCCUGUGCCCGAACCCACCUCCCCGCCCAAACACUCCAUCCCGCCCGAACCCGCCGCCCCGGGCGAGCAUCCCUGGUGCCCCACGUCGCGAAGGUACUAAAGGGUCCACAAGCAACGUACCCAGCCUCGCCUCCACCGCUGAUGGUGACACAUCGUCCGAGCGUCGCGAGCGCACCAGAAACUGGGUAAGCUAUGCCCCUAGCCAAAGCUCUACUACCAAUGGCGUGCUAGGUCUCGGGCGUCGCCCGUCCAUCGGUUCUAUGAGGGGGCCUGUCUUUCAAAACCCAGGCUUGGGUGCUACUCCGCGUAGGACCUCGCAGCGACAGAGAGCUUCGGACCCGCGUGCGCGACAGAGCGCUUCGGACCUGCAUGCGCGACAGAGCCUUUCGGACCAGCGUGCGCGACAGAGCCUUUCGGAUCUGCAUGCGCGACAGAGUUCUUCGGACCUGCGUGCGCGACAGGGCUCUUCGGAUCCGCGCGCUGCGGCGGCACCGUCUAUGGUGUACGGUGGGGCGGGGGAGGCACCAGGAAGGAGGGGAGAGCCGUCGUUGCCCCGCCGCUCAGGUGGUGGUGAAUCUGGGAGGACGCUGAAGUCGGCCAUGAAGGGAGUUGGGACGGGAGAGAGGGGGAAGUCGGUGAAGUUUGCGAAGGAGAAGAGUACGAAGUAUUAUCAUGGGGCUGGGAAUUAG